GUUUAUUGCAAGUGUUCGUUUGAAGUCACUUGUUUAAUUGUCGUUCGUCCGUCACAAUUUUUUGCCAGUCUUGGGCGGCCAAAUUCAAUGUCGUAGAAAAAAAACGUUAUGUACACUAGGACACUUCAACUGGUGACUAUCCUGGAGAUAAAAAAUGUAAUAACACUGUUUGCGUAAAUCUGACAUGUAUUGACGGGACAAACAAUAUUAGCUGACGUUUCGGUAUGAAUCGCCUCAAUCAGAGCCUCUGAUUAAAUGUGUUUCUUCCUUCAAUAAAUCGAUCAGAUUUACGCCGCAACCGAUUGCUCCUCGUUUUUAUUCUCCCGGAAAAUCUUCAAUAGAAGUGUUCUGGGGUUAAUUCAUUUUGGGGGGAUUUUAAAGUCCAUCGGUCAAGUACCAGCUGAUUCCCUUUUUGUUUCAACUGGGCAGGGCUGAAGCUGGGAACCCCCUGCAACUGGAUACUGACAUUUAUACGGCACCCUUUCCCCGAAUCGAGAACGAAGACGUUGUCGCAAGAGCAGUGUCUCAGGUAUGGAUUGGAUAGCUGUGUUCACAUCCUUGGAGGCAGUGUGUAAGGAAAACAUCACUGCUCUGUCUGGGCCUCCUGACUUGCCAUAUGGUGACGUGUCCAGGCGCUUGGUGACAUGCAUGAGAAAGAUUCAGGACCAUGGUCGUGCCCUGGAACCUGUGGUUUCUGGCAUCACUGCAGUCUACCACCACUAUGACUUUGACUCUGAUACCCCUGGGAAUGGGUAUCGCACACUGGUCAAGGUGUUGCAGUCUUGCCUUCUGCACAUCAUCCACAACGGCCGCUACAUUGCCUCUAACUGCCACAGGGCCUUCUUCAGGGCCAACCACAAUGCCUCAGAGAUGGAAGCCUAUGGCAGUGUCCUGUGUCAGCUACGGGCCCUCCUCUACAUUGCCCAGGGAAUGCUCCACGACAACAGUCCCGGGCAGCUGUACGGAGAGCAGGACGGAGAGCUGGGCAGGUGGUUGGUGAGGGAGUAUGCCUCCAUGCACAAGGCCUGCUUCUACGGCCGCUGCCUGGGCUUUCAGUUCUCACCUUCCCUUCGUCCGAUCCUGCAGUCAUUAAUCAUAAGCAUGGUCUCGUUUGGAGAGAGCUACGAAAAACAGCAUUCCGGGUUAGGCAUGGCAGCAUUCUCCCUCCUUACCUCUGGGAAGUAUGUCAUCGAUCCAGAGCUGAGAGGAGAAGAAUAUGAGCGGAUCACCCAGAACUUGGACAUGAAGUUCUGGAAGUCCUUCUGGAACCUCACCGAAUCAGAGCUUGUAUCGGGCUUUGCCAGUUUAACCUCUACCCUAGUGCAGGUGAACCUCACCCUGACCAUACCCCCUGAACCGCUACUCCUCCCCCUGGUCUCAGACCCCCGUCUCUCUACCCCUGUGUCCCCGCCAGUGGCCCACUGGGGCCCUGGACCUGUCAACAUGCGCCUCAUCUCCUAUGAGCUUCGAGAAGGACAGGACAGUAAAGAGCUGCUAGCCUUCGCUCGUACAGAAGCUCCACCCAUUUCCCUGUCUUUAGUACCGUUUGGUGCCCAGAAGCGACCUCCUUCCCCCUGGCUGUUGAUCCACUUCCAUGGAGGAGGCUUCGUGUCCCAGACCUCCAAAUCCCAUGAGAACUAUCUGAAGAGCUGGUCCAAGGAUCUGAAUGUCCCCAUCCUGUCUGUGGAUUACUCCUUGGCACCUGAGGCCCCCUUUCCCAGAGCCCUGGAGGAGUGCUUCUAUGCCUACUGUUGGGCCCUCAAGAACUGCCAUCUUCUGGGAUCCACUGCUGAGCGUGUGUGUCUGGCUGGGGACAGUGCUGGGGGGAACCUCUGCAUCACUGUGUCCAUGAGGGCCAUUGCCUGCGGUGUGCGCAUCCCUGAUGGAAUUAUGGCUGCAUAUCCUGCUACCCUGCUCACCAUUGAAGCCUCGCCCUCCCGCCUUCUCACCAGCUUUGACCUACUGCUGCCCUUAGGGGUGCUCUCCAAGUGUAUCAACGCCUACACAGGUGUAGACUCUGAGACGGUUCAGCUUACAGAGGGGAUCAGCACGUUGAGCGCUCUAGGUAGAGACACAGCCUCGCUGAUCAGUGACCUCUCACACGGGGCGUCCAAAUGGAUCCAGUCCUUCAUUCCCGCAGAGGUCCUAGGGUCAUGGUCAUCUUCUCACCAGAGGUCCUUGGACAAAAAGGCCCACCAGAGAUCAGUGUUGCCAUGUUCACCCGACUCCUCCUCAGGCCCCAGGGACUACCCAGAAGGCUUUGAGCCCCUGCGCUCCGAGCGCCUGUCUGUGAUCCAGCCGCCUAGCUGUCUCACCGUCAAGAACCCGUUUGUGUCACCCCUGCUAGCCUCUGACGACCUACUGCGUGGACUACCACAUGUACACAUAGUGGCCUCUGCACUGGAUGCUUUGCUGGAUGACUCUGUGAUGUUCGCCAGGAAACUGCAGAAUAUGGGCCAACCAGUGACCCUAAGGGUAGUAGAAGACCUCCCACAUGGCUUCCUUAGCCUAUCGGGAUACGCAGAGGAGAUAAAGGUGGCCUCCGACAUCUGCGUAGAACGAAUCAGGGAGGUCUUCCAGCAGACAACUCUGCCUUCCUGUACUCGCAAGUGACCAAUGUUUGAAAGGAAUAAUAAUGGGGCUGACCAUCUGCCUAAUAAAACCAAGGGGAAAACUAGUUGUUGUCCUAACGAAAGUGAAAGAUAACACCCUUGCCUUUCUUGCACUUUUCUGACUAGCACUGACUGAAUGCUGCUUUAUUUAGGAAAACAUUUUCUAAUUAUGAGUGAUAUUUGAAGUUACUGGUUAAAGAGCAUCUGCUGAGGGUGAUGUCAAUGUUCACAGUUUAGUGUUUUUUAGUCCAGGAAAGGGUCAUGUCAUUUGUAAUCAAUUAAAUGUCAUUGCUUAAGGUUUGAGAACAAUA